AUGUCAUUCAGUGCCGCUAAAUUUAUGAUCUCUUUGACAGCAGAGACUAUUCCAAAAGAGGCGGAAAUCGUGAAAGAAUGGGCAGAACAUUACAGAACAGUGAAGAAGAGAACCGCUCGAAGCGAGACGACGAAAAACAAAGCAGGCGCUCUUCCACCAGUUGUGUGCGAGAAGGCAAAAUCUGGAACUUGGAUCGGGGUUUCCUUUCCAGAUAGCCGCUUGGAAAGUUUAACCACUUCUGUGUCUCAUGAGUUAGUACUUCGAUCUACACUUCCCCCUCCCCCCCCCGCCUUAAUCUGCAAAUUGUUCUUCAUUUUCACGCAUAAAGCCAAGAUCAAGUGCCCGAGGAACAAGUAUGGUGUCGUAGUUUCAUUAAAUUCGAUCCUGUGGGUGAGGUCGCGCGUCCGACCGCAAAUUACAAUAUCUCGAGCGGAAAACACAAAUAAACCAAAGCAGUUUGUUAUUGUUUUUUUGGGCCAUCUAGUUUUAUUUGUACAAAGAAUUUUUCUCAAAUCGGCCGUUUUAAACACAGUUUCAAGCGUAAAGUAUAUGCAUGAGCAUUAAGUAUAAAGUAUAAGCCUUUUUUCAUUUUAAAAAAUAUAUCUAUGUUGUCCAUGGACACAAUGUUGUUCUCUUUCCCUUGAGAAACCCAGUUCACCACAGGAAAGCGGAAAAUUUGUAGAAAUCUGUUGAAAAGAAUGAAUUUCCCGUUAGCGAAAGAAGACAUGCAGUAAAUGUAACUUAACAGCAUUUUGUUUUAACUAGACCAAAAAAAUUUACAGAUAUCUCAUCGUGUUUUGAUGCAGCGAUACACUCGUGCGUUUUUGGAAAGUUGACCAUACGAAGAAGCGAAAUGAAAACUUUGAAGUGACUCAGCCAAAAACGAAAAACAUUACACCUACUUUGGAUGGAAAGAGGUACACAAUUGUGCGUAAAUCCUACCGUUCAGAAAGAACACCGAGGGGUUCCAGGAACUAUUUGUAGUGUCUAUUCAGAGCACACAAAAUGAAAAUGUACCUGUAUAUACUUCGAGUGGUUUUGGUGUGGUGUAAGACUGCAUAGAGAUGUAGUAAAGACACAAUACUACCGCCUGGCUGGUAAUAUUUUCCGAGUCAUCUAGAAUCCUAUCAGCCGAAGUGAUAACAGAAAGGAACUUUGAUUUUGAGGAUCUUCCGAAUUAAUGGCACAAUGUAACAAAGCAUGUAAUCUCAAGGCUAUGAUAUCUUAAAGACCUUUUUACCGUAGUAAGCCUACUCAGGCAAGUCCACGGCGUCUUCAGUAG